AUGUCCGACUACAUGUACAGAGCCUGUCAUCAUCACAAACACAUCCUUCCUCUAAUUUUCACGAUUAGGCAGUGGGCAAAGUCCCAUGAGAUUACCAGAUCAAAUCCUGGACCAUGGCUCAGUAAUUUUAUGCUAACUCUACUCGUUGUAUUCCAUCUUCAACGACAUUCAUCUAGAUUGCUGCCUCCACUUAAACAUUUAGAUGAUAAUUGUAAUGAUAAUAAUAAUAAUAAAGGUAAUGUUAAAAAAGGUUCAUCAGAUGUCAGUUUAGAAACGUUACUUCUGGACUUCUUCAAAUUCUAUUCCGAGUUUGAUUUCAUAAGACGCGGCAUAUCAGUGUACGAAGGUAACUUCACCGACAGAUCUGCUGAAGAGUUAUUGUCAACUGAACAAACCUCUGGAUCUGACCUUACUCAAUCAACUGCUACUGACGACGCUGACCUUUCUGGCUCGAAUAUAUUGUCACCAUUUUCCACAUCGUCAGCACCAUUGAAAUAUUCUCCCCUCUUCCUUGAGAAUCCAACAGAAAGAGAGUUAAAUGCAGCUAAGAAUGUUCUAGAACCAAAUUUAAUGCACUUCAAGUCUUCGUGUCUGCAAGCUCAUAAGAUACUGGCGUCGUCGCAAUCAUCCUCAUGUUUAUUGUGUAUACUGUCUGUCAAUGAUGUUAAUGCUGAUAAGAAUGAUAAUGAUGAUUACAAUGGUUUUAACGCCUCAUCUGAUGGCGGUGAUAGUGGAAACUCUUUUAUUUUUCAAGAAUCCAAGAAUGAAUCAAUUGAAAUAAAACCAAAAUAG